AUGUUUACUUCUGCGCUAAUCGAUGAAGUCAUGGCCCAUCCUUACUACUCCCCAGAGGGGCUUGCCUUUGAGCAUCAGCACAAGCCAGAUGGUCUGCCAAUGGUCCAUCCCAUGCGGGAUGGGAGUCAGCCGGAUAUGCUGGACAGGAGCGUCGACUGCGUCAGUCCGUCGCAGGAGCUGGAUGGAAAGACUCGAAACUCGACCAGACGUCGUAUACAAGUUGCUUGUAAUCGUUGUCGCAAAAGAAAGAUCAAGUGCAGCGGUGAUGCCGGUGAUGGCCAAGGCUGCACCAACUGCCGUAUGUCAGGAAAUUACAACUGUCAGUUCUUACGGGUCAAUUCAUCAGCGUUGCAGACCAAGACCAGCGGAUGGCCGUAUCCCGUCAUGGGCCCUGCCGUGUCUCCGGCUCAGAGAUAUGGCGUGUGUCAGCCUGUGGUACAUCUGGGAUCGCGGACUGCUUCGUAUUCACGGCCAUCGGGCUAUGAUCUGGGAUCGGUCGACUCCCAGCAACAGUACAGUCGAGCGUCAUUCGCCGAUCCGUUGGCGGGAUAUGAGAUCGGGUCCUCUACGUACCAACCCCAAGCCCCGACCUACAUGGUUCCUGGUACUCCGCAAGGCGACUUGGCCGAUUUCUGUGGGUUCUCAUGGGCGUCGAAGACAUGGAGUCCGAGCCUCCACGCUAGCCGGGGAGCUAACGGGACGGUAUAUCCGGACCAAGAAUCGGAGAACUUGGCGCCGACUGCCUAUCCAUAUAUGUUUUCGGGACCGGGGUCAGUGGAUCUGCCACCAGCGGCACAAGUAAUACCCUCGAUGCCUUCUGAAAGCCAGGGGGUGGACCGAACUCUCCCGAGCCCUACCAGCCGAAAUUCAUUGCAGAUGGGUCUGCCGGCCUCGACCACAUCUCCCGAACCAAUGAUGGGCAUGACGCACGUACCGGACUACAGAACGAACGCCUGGACUACGAAAUGCCUCAAUUCGAACCGCAUCCGCACGCCGCUCCAAUUGACGAACGAAGGAGCGUUCACCACCAGUCCUGCCCGAACGAAGCCGAUCCCCUCCACAGCACAGGAAAUGGGCCUUGGGUUUGUGCCGACGUCGUCGCCUCUGAUCUCCGCAGGGGGGCCAUUCGCACCGCUCGACUCGGUAGACCCGGGGGAUGAGCUACGCAGCAACGGCCCCGGGCGAUUAGCGCGAACCUUCACGCACGACGCCCAGCGCCUCUUUCCCACGGAGUCCGGCUCCGACCUGUACGGCUACAGCAGCAGCGAGAAGCGACACCGCUCCGCGUCGGGGGAUUCAAGCUCUGUGGCGACCCUGAUCAAUGGAUUUCCCUACACGCGGCCCAAGCACUCGGAGCCGCAUCCCGGCGAGCCAUACAUCCCGGUCACACUGGACACGGCGCCCGACUGCCGAACGCCAUCUGGACUCCCUCGAGCAUCGAUGUCGGCGCUGAGAAGCCCCGAUGGUUUCUGA